AUGGAUGAGUUCAAGAUACGUUCUGUCAUUUUGACGUCUGUCAUUUUGGUUUUCUUGGAGGUAUCCACUGCCAAUCAAGUUUGCGAAAUUGCGAACUCGCCUCCAUAUCAGACCGUGCUGAAAUGUCCGACCGCCAAUGUUAUAUUCAUCUACCAGAUGUACUUUUUUAAAACUAAUGACCCAAAUAGUUUUUAUGCUCCGGACGAGAACUGUAGGAACAACGACGUCUACACGAAAUACAAAUCAACAUACUUGCCCGUUAAUACGUUAAAUAUUUAUGAGGAGAGUCUUCCAACAAAUUUCGGUAACGAGUGUGGAGGUUAUCUCAAAUUUCUGUCAACAUAUUAUUGCAUCGGAAAUACAACAUCAAUCCAGCUGAGCACUAAUACUGAAACGAACAAACCUACAAUAAAUUUUGGAAAUUUCUUCAUUAUGGCGUACAGCACAGAUCCUAAUCCUUCAUUUGCUAAAGUUGAAGUUACAGUUUCCAGACCUUUUAAUUCAGCAACUUUUCGAAUUGUAGAAGUAUACGCUAAAGACACUAUUAAUUCUACUUGUCCUUACGAAGUGAUCCUUACUCAAUUCAAUCAAAAUGACACUACAUGCAUGGGUCCGAGAGUUACUGACAAUUACUUAACUAUAACAAAUUCACGCUUUUCUAUAAGUGUAACUGGAACUGGAACCAGUAGUCAGAUGCGGAUAACAAAAGCAUGGCUCUGGGUCGAAACUACCCCUUCAACUUCGGUUACUCUAACAGUACCAGAAACACCUUCAUUGCACAGCUCAACACGAACCCCCUUAAUAACUCCAUCCAAUCCCACUGAUCCGGUAACAUCCAUGACGGAAUUUCCGCUAGUGAACGAGAACAGGGCUGGUCUAUCCGGUUUAUCUACUAACGCAAAAAUUGGCAUUGGCGUUGGAGUAGCAGGUGGUUCAGUUCUUUUGAUACUGGCUGUUUUGCUGACUAUCUGCUGCUGUCUGAAAAGAAGAGGAAAAGAACCAAAAAAUAUGAAAGAACCAUCCGUAAUAUAUAACAUCUCGACAGCAACAAAUGAACUGAACAACAGCAUGAACAACAACAACAAUUAUUCGUCGGGAUCAAACGCUGAGCCGAGUGUGACAGUGCAACCGAUACCAAUGUUGAAGAACAAGUUCCCUGUCUCGCCUGUUAAUGAGACCACUUAUGACAAUGGAAAGGAGAAAAACACCAAGUACAAAGCUGUUAGGCAAAAAUCGAAGAAUAAAAAGACGUUGAUGGACAUAACACAGAACUUCAUGCAAGAUGCCGACAUUUAUUACCCACUUGAUGAAACGAAUUCACCGAAUUUCCAGGCCAAUGAAAUUGACGGUCCAAUCAACGCCUGGGAUGACCAAAAUUAUGACCAAACAGCCGGAAAGUUGAACAGUUAUCCCGUGGACACAUGGGAGUAUGACCACCCGAAAAAUGGUCCGGUGAAGUCGUUGAAUAUGAAUCGCGUUUCAAUGAACGAGUUGGAACAUCGCCGAAGUUUGACAGAUGAUGGUGACGAUGGAACCAACCUGCAUUCUCCCGCUUCACCCGUGCACUACCAGCCUGGCAAAACACACUUCCAGAAAAAUUCAAAGAUGUCUAAAAAAACCGAAUCGGCUGCAAAGCAGAAAGUAAAAAAGGCGAAAAGUGUGACAUUCGGGAACUAUCCGUCCCAACCGGAUUUGGAAGAUUCCUGGGACCUUCCUGUUGGAGUGCACAUUGAUAAUAACGAGAGGGGUGGAAACAUGUUGUUCUGAUAAGCAAUAAUUUCGUAAUGUAACAUUUAUUUCUUCUUAUUUUGUAACAUUAUUUUAUUCAACGUUUUAUUCAAAUCAUUGUUGUUGUUUUUUCUUAUAAAUUUUUGUAAAGUAUCCAGGACAUUUUUUGUUGUAUGUUGAUAAUCAUUUUUACGCUUGAAUACUUUUAAUGUUUUGUAUACAUUUGUGUUUUUUUAGAUUUUUAAUUUUUGAAAAUUUUAAUCAUAAUGGGAUAUUUAAUGUUCUCUAACGUGCUGGCGUAAGAUGCUUAUGAAUUCAUUGAACUUUACAUCUUCUUCACCAUCAUAUAAAAUUUUGCCCAAAUAUUAAAGUGUUAGAAAAUAAAAUUUUUCAUUU